AUGUACAGCGGGGGAAGGUUGUAAAUUCAACAAAUUUACAACCUUCUGAGACAAUGUCUUUCAGAUCUAUCUCUGAAUCAGAAACCUAUAAAUACCUUGGUAUGUCACAGUCGUUGGGUAUUGAGGACGAGGGUAUUAGACGGUCGGUGAAGGAGCGCUUUUUCAGUCGGCUCACAAAAGUUCUUAACAGUCUUUUGUCAGGAGGCAACAAAGUGCGCGCCUUCAACGCCUGGGUAAUGCCCCUACUCACAUACUCCUUUGGCAUACUAAGGUGGACACAGACCGAGCUGGACGCCCUGGAUCGGAGGGUCCGAUCACUGCUCACCGCACAUCGCAUGCUACACCCACGCUCGUCAGUUAUGAGAUUGUACAUCCCACGGAAAUGUGGAGGCCGAGGCUUCCUAAACGCCAAGGAUCUCCACAACCGCGAGGUGUACAAUCUCAGGAAUUAUUUCCUUAACAACGAGUGUGGGAUGCAUCGUGAUGUGGUGGCAGUAGACAGGAACCUCACGCCUCUCUCCUUGGCAAACGAGAACUGGCGCAAACCUGUGGUACUAAGUACUGCGGCUCGCAAGGCGGCAUGGGAGAGUAAGGUGCUACACGGGCGGUUUUACAAGGCCCUCACGGGACCCGAUGUAGACCUGCUCGCGUCGGUGAACUGGUUACGAUUCGGGGACCUCUUCGGAGAAACCGAGGGUUUUGCCUGUGCAAUUGCGGACGAAGUAAUGAUGACGAACAACUAUCGGAAAUAUAUCCUGAAGGACGGUACGGUCGACAUUUGUCGGGCAUGCCGCCGUCCCGGAGAGUCACUCAGGCAUAUCAUUUCCGGUUGCUCUCAUCUUGCUAACGGCGAGUACUUGCACAGACAUAACCUCGUAGCCAGGAUUAUUCACCAGCAGCUUGCUCUUCUAUACGGCCUUGUGGCCCGCGAAGUACCGUACUACAAGUAUUCACCUGCGCCAGUUCUCGAGAAUGGUCGUGCCACGCUCUAUUGGGAUCGAUCUAUCAUCACUGACAGGACUAUUGUAGCCAAUAAGCCUGACAUUGUGAUAAUAGAUCGAGCGCAACGCCGGGCCGUGCUCGUUGACAUCACCAUCCCCCAUGAUGAGAAUCUCGUGAAAGCCGAGAAGGACAAGUCCAGUAAGUACCUAGACUUGGCUCACGAGAUAACCGCCAUGUGGGAUGUUGAUUCGACGAUCAUUGUCCCGAUAGUUGUAUCAGCGAACGGUCUAAUAGCGAAGAGUCUCGACCAACAUCUUGAGAGACUCUCGCUAGGUGGUUGGAUCAAGGGUCAGAUGCAGAAGGCGGUGAUCUUGGACACGGCGCGGAUAGUCCGUCGGUUCCUCUCUCUGCAGCCCUGACCACCGGCAGCUUGGGCCUUGCCCCGCUGCUGGCGGCACCCUAGGUUAGGUUUUUUUAUAAUAUGUUUAUAAGUAUUUUGUAUUGUUUUUUGUUUUUAUAUUUUACUUUUAUAUUCAUAUUAUAAAAAAACCUAACUUAAGAUGAAAGAUAAAUAAAGA